CAGGCGGAUCUGCUGUUUCUCGAGCAACCCACCCCUCGAUUGUCAACAUUUUUGGAAGACGGCAAGCCACGACGCGACCGGCGUCCACCAAACACGAGCUGCGACAUCUACCCAGAACGGCAAACAAAUAUGGCUUACAAUCAGCGAAUGUCCAUAAUGCCGGCCGCGCAGCAGCAGUCGCGGUCGCGCAAAAAGGAAGAGGAAGCGGCGUAUGCCAACAUGCGGCUGCCCGACCGUGAAAUUGUCGGCUGCAUCAACGAGCUUGGAAUCCCGUUUACGGUCGCCGACCUCCAGAAGCCGAAUCCGAUACAAGUGCAGAUGAUUUUCGAGUGGUUUGGCGAACUCCUAAUGAACAAAACACGGCAGACGGUAGACCCUGCCAUGCGUGCUGCGGCGGAGGACAUCUGCGGCGACUUUGGCGACUCAUUGAUGCCGCCGGACACGCGUAACUUGAUGGGUUUCUUCAUUUCACUGCGGCAACUGAUGCUCGACUGCGGCGUACACGACUUCAACUUCAUGGACCUUUACAAGCCAACCCACCACCGCCUCGUCAAAAUCUUCAGUUACGUCAUCAACUUUGUUCGCUUCCGCGAGAGCCAGACUAGCGUCAUCGACGAGCACUGCAACCGCGCUGAGAGCACAAAGGCGCGCAUCGAGCAGCUGUACGCAGAGAACCAGAAUUUGGAGGCACAGCUAGACGAGAUGCGCGCCAACAGGAGGCAGAUGGAGGCCCUAGUGGCCGAGAAGACGCGGCGCAACGAGGAGCUCAAGAAGAAGUUGUUGGAGCUGCGGCGGACCCAGGAAAAGGUGGCAGCGAGACUUGAGGAGGCCAAGACAAAGAAGGGAGAGCUCGCCGCGGAGCUGGAGGAAAAGACGGCUGCCAAGUUGGCGCUCAAGCAAGAGAGCGCCAAGCUUCGGCCAUACACGCUACAAAGCCCGUCGGCGCUGCAGGCGAGUCUUACCGAACUGAGCAACACAUUGAACAACGACAAAGCACACAUCGACUCACUCGACCGCCGGGCACGGGCUCUACAAACAUCAAGUGACUCCUUUGCGGUAGUGUCCAGUGACGUCGCCUCGUGCAUCAAGUUGCUUGAAGAAAUCGCGGUAGAACUUGCCAAGGAGGAAGAGGAUAAUGCGAAGAAUGCGAAGCAGCGCGACGCGCUUACGGAACGCGGGGCAAGCGUGCGAGAGGUGGAGCGGACCGAGGCGUUGCUCCAACGGCAGCUUGCCAAAUGGACAGAGCGGACCGAGACGCUACGGGCCCAGAGCCAGGAAAAAGCGCAGCGAGCCAAGGAGAAGAUGGAGGAGCUGCGAGCGGUGCAUAAAACUUUGACCGAGGAGCGGUCCGAGAAGGGCAAAGAUAUUGAGCGGCGAAGGGUGAGGAUCGAGCAGAUCGAGAAGAAGAUGCUGGACCUCAAGGAGAACAUUGAGAACGAGGUGCAUGCGGCGCAUGAUGAGUACCUCAAGCUGGAGGCGCACAUCAAGCUGUACAUCACCGAAAUGGAGCAAGCCAUCUGAUGGAUCUUGUUUCUUUUUCAUGUCUGGGAAAUGCUGUUAUGAGGGAGGUUUGGGUAUGGUGGCGGCUUUGUUGCGUUCUCGGAAUAGGAUACCCUGGGAAAGAUUGACGGCGCUGGCGUUGGGUUG